GACGCGCGGAGCGCCUGACUCGCGACCCCAGCCCUACGACCCUCGGAGCCCUACGGCCCUACGGUUUAACGACCCCCGGCCCUAUUCAGAUGCGCCCUUCGGCACGCUCCCUUAAAUAAUUCCGAGAGAGUAAUUGUGAAUUUUUUUCGAGGAAAUGGACGCUAAACAGUGGUAGUGAAGUGGUCUGGAUGUGGUGCGGCGGAUGUACCCGCUGCCUCGCUUGUGGGUGGUGACUAUUGGAAUGCCAGCUGCUCUUGACCUAACUAGGUACAAGAGCGGGGUGCGCGGCGUGAGGAGCGCGGGCGCGGGCGGGGGUGGAGGCGGGGGCGGCGCGGAGGAGGCGCGGCGCGGCGGCCUCAAGGCGCUGCCGAAGCGCGCCCGCCGCUGUAGGGGCAUGAGCAUGGGGCAAAAGCUCUCCGGCGGUGUGAAGACGGUGUCGCGCGACUGCUCGGCGCCGUUCAAGGCGGUGGUCGCGCGGGAGCUGGCGCCGGAGCCGCCGAGGCCGGCGCGCCUCGACGCGCUGCUGGACGCGCCCCCCGCGCAUCCCGACACGCAGCUCAAGCACGCGUGGAACCCUGAUGACAGGUCGUUAAACAUAUUCGUGAAGGAGGAGGACGCUCUAACGUUCCACCGGCACCCCGUGGCGCAGAGCACGGACUGUAUCCGCGGCCGCGUGGGCUACUCCCGCGGCCUGCACUGUUGGGAGGUGGUGUGGCCGGCGCGGCAGAGGGGCACGCACGCGGUGGUCGGUGUCGCGACAGCACAGGCGCCAUUGCAUUCUGUCGGCUACCAGAGUCUGGUGGGCGCGACGGAUCAGAGCUGGGGAUGGGACCUCGGCAGAAAUAAGGUGUUCCACAACGCGAAAGGCUCCGGCGGUGGGGGCGGCGGGGGCGGCGUCACGUACCCCGCGCUCCUCCGGCCCGACGAGCAGUUCCUAGUGCCCGACCGAGUGCUCGUCGUGCUCGACAUGGACGAGGGCACGCUGGCCUUCUGCGCCGACGGCCGGUACCUCGGCGUCGCGGCCCGCGGCCUCCGGGGUCGCACGCUGUACCCCAUCGUGUCCGCGGUGUGGGGCCACGCGGAGAUCACCAUGAAAUAUAUCGGCGGGCUUGAUCCGGAGCCGCUGCCACUGAUGGAGCUGUGCAGACGCGUAAUUAGACAGCGCGUGGGGCGGUCGCGACUGCGCGUGGUCGCCUCCCGUCUCUCCCUGCCGCCCGCGCUAGCCGCCUACCUGCUGUACCGCGCGCCCUAGCGUUAGCGCCGCCACUGCGCCACGCCCCCACACACACAUGCCCGAUUGCAACGCCCACUAAUGAUUGCAAUAGAUGUGCACAAAAUUGCAAUACACACAAAUUGUAAUUAGGUGUGGGAAAAUUAAAGAUAUUUUGGGCACAUGAUCUAUUGUUUAAGUGUAGAUGUUCAGGCAGAAUCAUUUUCAUACUCGAGAAAGAAAAUCUUUUGUGGAUGUGUUCAUAUUGAGAGCUAUCAUCCAUAAAUUAGAAAUUUUUAACUAUGAGUAUGACAAUUAUUUUUUGCCUUCGACGUUUAUAUAUAAGCUGUAGAUCAUAUUCACGAAAUAUCCUCAGUCAAUUUUCCCACUCCGUAUAUGAACGCAAUAGAUUUAUCAAUGUUGGGUUGGGAUGUCCAAGCGAUUUUUUUGAUUGCAAUGGAAAUUAUUGUGAUUGCAAUGCAAUCUCGCAAAGGAGAUAUGACAUUUGUUACCUCAUUAAGCGCGAAAAUUGCAAGAGCAAGAUAUCUAGCUGACUGUCUACUCAACUUGAGUAAAAACAAGCCAUGUUAAAUAAGCUACUAGCCAAUAUUAUAAUGGCGUAUCUCCCUUGUAAAGUUUGUCCAAAAAGAAAUCUUAGUGCUGAUCUCGAAUAGUGUUUUGUAUUUUUAUUCCUUUGCGCCGACUGGCUUCCCCCCCACCUAGGCACUAACGAUUCGUUAGUUUGUAAGG